GGGAUAUAAGCCCAGGUCCUUCAGAUAGCCGGUCUGAUGCUCUACCAACUGAGCUACGGAGAGACGAGAACACUUUACUCACAAUCUCCUUACAGGCAGAAUGUCAGCCUCAUUCCUUAUACUUAAUUAAGUUCGCAGGCAGAAGUAUAUCGAGGAGCACCGCUCCGAGGACCACCACUCCGAGGACCAAGAUCCGAUGCGGAAUUAAUUGCAUCAUAUUCACGCAUAUAUCAUUCUAUCGACAUAGUACGAUAUUCACAUAACAUGUCACCAAAAUUAUUGUCGAUACAUCGGAUCGUUAGUAAUGGUGCACAAAAGUACUCAUAUUUGGACGACAGUAAAUUUUUAGUAAUGAAGGGUCCUAGUUUAGUCAUUGGAUGGUACAAUGAAGGUGUAAUUGCUCCUCUAUAUGACGCAGAUAACGCAGUGGUUGCAAUUAACGUAUAUUCCGGACGUAAAAUUAUAAUGAAUGAUGCAUCUCAAAAGCUAAUGGGUGUGGGUCGUCGUAUGCCUACUCCUUCGUUCGAUGCACGAUUUGGAUCCGGAAGACACAUCUACCAUGGAAGACACGACAGCUACAGCUCCAGCUCAGAUAGCUCCAGCUUCUACAAUAGCCCCAGAAACAAAUUUAAUCCAAAGCGACGUAACCUCGGUGGGUUCUUUGGAAGAUGUUUGGGCAGGUGUAAUUCGUUCAGUUAAGAACCCGUCGAGAUAUCUUGCAGUGAGAAAUGCUGCACCAUUUUCCGAAAGUUUUUAGCAAGCGUGUUUUCGUAUGUCUUACAAAUU